GCUUGUAGCGUUCACUUCCCUUUUUCUUGUCCCAGUAAUGUAAACAGGAGUCCUUUGAAGUUGCUUUUUGGCAUGUUUUUACUCAAUUCGACGAGUUACAGGAAAAUUUAAUCAGCUACAGUGGAUAAUUCCGAACGACCCAGAUGAUUGGCCUAAAUCUCUUAUCGUUUUUAGAGAAGGAUUACAGAAUUCAGGCACACCAAGAAAUUAAAUUCUAUUUAGGCCCUUAAAAUAUAAUUUGCUUGAUGGCGAUGUCUACUGCGACUACUGAAGUAGUUUCUGCUACAGCAAAGCUUUUAAUCGUGUUAUUGUUCUUUCAAGAAUGUUCAUGUCGAUUAGAAUUCUUAACCCAACCUGAAUCAGCUGUUGUCGGGCCAAACCUUCCCUUGCAAAUCUCUUGCACUGUCAGCACAAAUCUAUCUGGGAUACUUCAUAUCCUUUGGAAGAGAAAUGACACAUGGAUCACAGACUACACCAGUAAACACUACAGCCAGUUAACUAAUGGAUCAUUAUUUUUUGAAAGAUUUCUUUAUGGGGAUCAAGGUACUUAUCAGUGUUCAGCACUGGUUGUUUCUUCUGAUCACACCCAUCUUGGUCAAAUAUACAGCAGAGUUGCGUCCAUUAAGAUGGCCUAUAUUCAAAACGCAUUUACACUUGACCCAGAGAGCAGAUCUGUCCUGCUCGGAAACAAUGUCCAGCUACAGUGCAUUUCUCCAAAAAGUGAGCCAGUUGCCAAAAUUUAUUGGGAAAAAGAUGGGAGAAGAGUCACAGGGUUGCUCAAUGCAACUUUAGUACUGGCGGCACAGAGCAUUUUGUCAGCAACAAUACAGAUUCAAAAUUUGAGCUAUAGCAGCACUGGAAGAUAUCGAUGUGUUGCAUAUAAUAUUUUGCUCAUGAAUAGGAUUGUCAAUAGCAAUUAUGCUGAUGUCACUAUAGCAGCUGCACAAGAGCAACCAUAUUUCGAGAAGAGGCCAGCCUCAGCCAUAGUAACCAGAUUUCAACCAUUCACCUGGGAAUGCCGUAUUCGUGGGGUUCCACAGCCAGCUAUUUAUUGGUACCAUAAUGGAAAACUUGUAAACAAUGAAACCAAUAGGUUCAUGUUAACAACUGGGCCACUGCAAUUUGUUUCCAUGCAAAGAUCAUAUAAUGGAUCAUAUGUUUGCGAAGGAAAGAAUGCAUUAGGAGGCAUUCGCUUGAGUCCACCUGUUGCUCUUAUUGUUGCCUUUAUAGAUUUCGAGUUCAGUGUUAAUCCUGUGUCAAAGAAUGUUACAUACGGCGAUGAACUUGUCCUGUCGUGCUCACCUCCAAAUAGAUACCCUACCCCAGUGAGUAUUUUGUGGUACAAGGAUUUUGUUAAAUUGACACCAAACACAAAUAUUACUGUUUCAUCUGAUGGAACAUUGAGGAUUUCAAGAAUAACCAAGGCAUAUGAAGGAAUGUACUUUUGUCAAGCCCAUCACCCUAGUACCAGCCAGUCAAGAUCUUCUAAAAGAGCCACUGUUAUUGUUAGAGUAUUACCAAGCAUUGGAACCAUGCUAAACAAUGCCUCUGCAGUGGUUGGUGAGUCGUUAUCCAGAACCUGCCAAGCCUCAGGGUAUCCAACACCAACGGUAAAGUGGAUCAGAUAUGGUCAUGUUUUAUCCAAUGACGGCAAUCUGCAUUUAGCAAGAAUCAAUCUGACUUACUCAGGUUUCUACACAUGUAUUGCCACAAACGUUGCUGGAAGUGCCUCAAAGAGAUUUUAUCUGCAUGUAUCUACAUCCCCAGCCGUUCUCAUAGCACCUUCUAAUGCGACCAAGAUCGUCGGAGAAUCCGUGCAAUUCCGCUGCGACUUUUAUGGCACUCCAAAGCCCGUUGUUUCAUGGUUCUUCUCUCGAACUCAGUCUUCCUCUCGUGAGACGGUUGCAUACGAUUCUCGUGUAGUCAAAACUUCAGAUGGUAUUCGCAUUUCACCGGUGAGAAAAACAGAUGAAGGGAAAUACAUUUGCCGUGGAAAUAGCACCGGAGGGUCUUUGGAAGUGUUUGCAUUUCUACGAGUUUAUGUGCCUCCAUCCUUUGUUGCUCCUCCAAGCAACAUGACAACUGUAGUUUCUUCACAAGUGAUCUUUCGAUACACGGCUACCGGAGAUCCGGUUCCGGCUGUCUCUUGGCAUUUUUCCGGUAGCCGCCUAGCACCCGGACCUAAAUACGAAAUAUCCGGAACGACGUUUACCGUGAAAGGUGUCAGCCUGGGUGAUUCUGGAUGGUACACAUGUAAAUUAACCAAUAUGGCUGGUCAAAGGAACGCGUCUGCUUUUCUGGAUGUUCAAAUUGCUCCCAGAAUAACCGGAUUUUCUGUACCAAAAACCGUUGCUGUUGGCAAAAGUUUUUCGCUGCAUUGUAACGGUACAGGCAACCCUAAGCCAACGAUCAGGUGGGUUAAAAACCAUACCAUUGACCUGCAAGUUGACGGUGUAAAAGCUUUCGGAAGCAUGGAGAAUAUGGAAAUCAUCGGUGCUAGAGAAACAGAUAGUGGCAUUUACGAAUGCAUUUUGACUAACUCAUUAGGAACAUCAACAAGCACCGGGACACUUAUUGUACAAGUGCUUCCGUACCCACCAAAACAGUUGAGAGCUGUUUCAACCCAUGCCAAUUCUAUCACAAUAUUUUGGCAGCAAGGAUUUGAUGGCUACUCGUCGACCCUUGGGUACGUUCUGGAGGUCUCGCUCAAAGACGCAGGCUCAUGGCGCGUAUAUGCCAAUAAUAUAUCAGCAAGGACUGGAAACUACACUGUCAUAGGCCUGCAGCCUUACACGGUUUACAGUGCUCGAAUGAAAGCAUUUACUGUUAUUGGUAUGAGUGCAUACAGCGUCUCCAUUGACAUACGGACUCUUGAAGGAGACCCUUCAGUGCCACGCAGUAUGAGAGUGCAAGUUCUCAAUUCCACUGCGGCAAGAGCUCAUUGGGAAAAGCCUUCUCAGACCAACGGUAAUAUCACCGUAUAUGAGCUACAGUACAGCCUUGUGGCUAGUUCCAUCACAAGGGUGAUUGCGGUGACAGCUGAUGGUAGUUCUUCUUACCAGCUAGUUUUGCGAUCUCUACAACCAUUUUCAGAUUACCAUCUGAAGAUAAGAGCCGCCACUGGCAAUGCGGGCAGUCGCAAAUGGGGAAACUAUUCCACCAUUUUGGCGUUCAGAACUAGCGAAGCAGCUCCAUCUGCAGCACCAAUGCUUGGAAAUAUCACGGCAAUUUCUUCUACGUCUAUUUCUGUGACCUUUUUUCCUCUACAAAGCACCAUGCUAAACGGGAUCCUUCAAGCAUAUGACAUAAGAAUCUCUUCUACACAAGAUAAAGAGCACAAAUUUCUUACCAACAACACUCAUCUUAUUGUGACGUCAUUGCGCAAAUUCACUCGGUACACUGUUACUAUCAGAGCUUGCACAAGAGCUGGAUGUGGUCCACCGAGCCGGCCGCGUUCCAUUUCUACACUCGAAGAUCUGCCAGGGCAGGUUAGCAAUGCAUCUGUCACCGUCUUGUCACCAACGACUAUCCGCAUCAGCUGGUCGCAACCAUUGGAUCAAAAUGGAAAUAUUACUGGCUACAUCGUUGCUGUAAAAGCUGGAUCUCUGGGUACGUUCCAAAACAUUUCACUUGAUGCAAAUCAACUCAUACAUGAAAAGACAGGCCUAACCAAUUCGACGUAUUUUGUAACGAUUGCUGCUAAAACAAAAGUUGGAACAGGACCGUGGUUGCCCUUUAUUCAAGUCAAGCUUGACAAGUACGCUACAACAACAGCAACAAGCAGUCCUGCGUCGUCAGCUCCAUCCACAGAAAGCACAUCGCCCAGUACGACAUUGACAGCUACCACCAAGUCUACUGUUGGACCAGGCACAGUCAAAAAAUCAGUGGACUGGCUGGAUGAGAACAACCUUCCAAUUCUAAUUGGUGUUUCAGUGACAAUCUUUAUAUUGCUCAUUAUCGUUAUCGUGUUGUUUUCAUUGCACUGUGCUCGCAGAUUAACGGCAGGGACAAUAAAGAGGGAACGCUGGCUUAGUACAAGAACUCAAAGCGGUGCUGAAAACCCGGGAUAUCUUGAGAAUGGUGGACUGGAACUCAAAAAAAACCCUGCUGAAUCAGCCGAUCAGAAAGCUGAUCAAUCCAACACAACAGAGGAAUUCGUCGAUUCGAAGAUUGUCGAUGAUGAUUUUAUUUUCGAGCACGAAUCCGAGUCACAGCCAGAAGACAAUAACCCAGCGAAUGGUUACGCAUAUGACGACACAAUGCGAAUCAAGGACAAGGAUGAUGAAUCGCCUUUGAUAAAACUGCGUAACAACGAGCUUGAUUUCAGUGAUGACGCAAGCGAAUAUGAUCAGCCAUACUCGCAUAUAGACGAGCUUGGAGCGCCCAUCAAAGAUUUAUUCUCGUUCGUUGACGAAGAGGACAACAAAGCUUUAGAUUUUUCCAGUAAUGAGGAACACAGCGAUAAAAACUCGAAAGACAACAGUCGCAAAACAAGCGAUAGUAACCAGGAGAAUAUGCCCGAGUCAGAAGGAGGUAAAACUCCAGAAGUUCCUCAUGGCCGGACGACUGCAAGUCCGGACUUUACUUGGGAUAACUACGACACAUCAAAGGAAGCCGCGCACAACGAUGAUAGUGUCCGUUAUGAUACUCCUGCAGACGCUGUUAUUCUGGAUGCUGGUCAUAACAUUCCGGAGUACGCCACCGUGCAAAAAAACAGAGACAAGAAGCAGUCUGAUGAAUUUUUGCUCAUUGGCAACGAAGAGAGGAUAUAGGUUUACCCGAUGCCUUACGACGAUGCCUUACGACGAUGCCUUACGACGAUGCCUUACGACGAUGCCUUACGACGAUGCCUCUUGUGGUUUGCUACAGUCUGACCUGACGACCAUGUAAUACUUGCAAGUUCGGCAAGGCAUACAAAAGCAUCAACUUGUGUUAUAUUUCAUUGAAAGGGUAUAGAACCUCCAAGCUGGUAAUACCAGAAUUCGAAGCACUCCAUUUGUUCGGGGGAUUAGUAUCAAUCGGGAAAUUGGUUUUCAAAUACCACACCUUGUAUAAUAUUGCUAGUUUUUAUUUAUUUCUUUUCUGUUUAUUAGGUAAAUAUGAAUAGACAGUUUCUUAGCUCAUUUGUCUAUGUGAAUGAAACAAAGAAAGUUUGUUUGUGAUUUUAGAGAGGUAAGUUAUAUCCAGAUGUUUUAUUGAUUUAUUCAGCAACUGACACAGAAUGAAUAUAGCGUAUGAUUAGGUAUUUGGUUAUAGUGUGUUUUGUAAAAUUUUCAUUUUUUAUAUCUUAAUUUGAUUGAUGAUCAUUUUAUUAACAA